GAAGUGGAGUAAUGAAGAGGUGCCACUUGGCGGCCAUGGCAGCUGUAGUAUCGGUGGCUCCGGGUCAAGGCCCAGCGGAGUGGAGGAACAUGGGCAGCACUGGGUAUAGGGCAGAGACAGCUUUGUAUCAGCUUCGCUACUGAACCCCUAAGGCCCAUCGUUAGAAAUCUGCAGGACUCCUUUCCUCAUUCUAGACUCGGAAGAGAGUUUGCCGGGAUUGGUGGGCUGGUCCCAGACCAGCCUGAGGAUCACAGGCGGGGCGGCCCCGGGGAGAUAGGGCCGCUGGAAGAACGAACGAGUUCGCUUGGGUUUUCGUGCUUUUCUGCUGCCGUCUGGAACGCUGUUCGUGGAGGAAGUAGGCCCAUUGUGCUACCCUUAUUCCGACGACUGAAGAAAUCGUUCACUCUUAUAUUUCCCAUUGACUUUUCUCAUCUGUUAACCCACGGGAAUCCAGUGACUGGUAUCGGAAAAUUUACGGGCAGGGACCUAAAAUUGCUGAAAGUUCUCUCUGGUGCUAGUAUUAGCAAAAAGGGGCUGUUUCCAGGUACGUUCAAGAGAAAAGUGCCUCGUGAACACAUCUGCCGGUGGGGAGGACCAAAGAACUGAAAGUCCACUUGUUAUCUUUGAACAACCACACGCGUUUAAGAACCUAAGCACCCUUCGAAGCCUCGAGAAUUUGUAGGCUGGUGGUGGGUGAAUAAAGGAGGGCAGAAUGGAUGAUUUCAUCUCCAUUAGUCUGCUGUCUCUGGCUAUGUUGGUGGGAUGUUACGUGGCUGGAAUCAUUCCUUUGGCUGUUAAUUUCUCGGAGGAGCGACUAAAGCUGGUGACUGUUUUGGGUGCUGGCCUUCUCUGUGGAACUGCCCUUGCUGUCAUCGUGCCUGAAGGAGUACAUGCACUUUAUGAAGAUUUUCUUGAGGGUGGAAUUGCUGGGUUAUAUGGGAAACACCACCAAGCGAGUCAAACACAGAAUGUGAUUGCGUCAGACAAAGCAGAAAUACCGGUUGCCCAUGAACAUGAGCACAGCCAUGACCACACACAGCUCCAUGCCUACAUCGGUGUUUCUCUCGUACUGGGCUUUGUUUUCAUGUUGCUGGUGGACCAGAUUGGCAGCUCCCAUGUGCAUUCUACUGACGAUCCAGAAACAGCAAGGCCUAGCAAUUCCAAAAUCACCACCACGCUGGGUCUGGUCGUCCAUGCUGCAGCUGACGGUGUUGCUUUGGGAGCAGCAGCUUCUACUUCACAAACUAGUGUCCAGUUAAUUGUGUUUGUGGCAAUAAUGCUACAUAAGGCACCAGCUGCUUUUGGGCUGGUUUCCUUCUUAAUGCAUGCAGGCCUCGAGCGGAAUCGAAUCAGAAAGCACUUACUGGUCUUUGCACUGGCAGCACCAGUUAUGUCCAUGGUGACAUACUUAGGACUAAGUAAGAGCAGUAAAGAAGCCCUUUCAGAGGUCAAUGCCACUGGAGUGGCCAUGCUUUUCUCUGCUGGGACAUUUCUUUAUGUUGCCACGGUGCAUGUCCUCCCUGAGGUAGGCGGAAUGGGGCACAGCCACAAACCCGACCCCGCUGGAGGGAGAGGCCUCAGCCGCCUGGAGGUAGCAGCCCUGGUUCUGGGCUGCCUCAUCCCGCUCGCUCUGUCAGUAGGACACCAGCACUGACUGUUGAGGGUCCAGCCUCAGGCCAUGGCCGUUUUCCAUCCAGUGAGAACAGCCAGCACGUGACAGCUGCUCACUUCCUCAGUCUCUUGUCUCGCCUUGCCCAUCUCCACCCGUAACCCUAAAGAUUCUGGAGGGAGGUGAGAUGAAAACCUGGAGCAAUGGAAAGCUUUUCGAGUAGAAACAACACACUGCGAAGGAUACAGACAUUCCAUGUGUUGUCUUUUCAAGGGCCCUUGGCAUUUUGAGUUUUCUUGUUUCCCUUAACCCUAUUCUCAGGGAAGAUGGAAUUUAGUUUUAAGGAAAAGUGGAGACCUUCAUACUCAUAAUGAAAUAAUUAUGAAAGUACAGUGUUCUGUAAUUAAGCUAAAUCUCUUUCUUAGUUUCGAGGCUCUGCCACUUUAAUCCAUUGAUUUUUAACAUGGUUCUCGCCGUGUAAGUCUGGUGCUUUAGCAUCUAUGCCGCAUCUAUGCCACAUCUAUGCCUUGAAUGAAGGUCAUAAUGCCCACUGUCUUAGAUGCUAAAGAUAAGUAGUUCAUUUGGGGCUAGAGUCAGGAAAAGGACGGCAAGACACAUUGAAAGCUGACUUUAUACUUGAGAGAGAGAUCCACUGAAGAGGGUAUGUCUGGAGAGUCUUUUAAACACCUCCUUCUGCACUUGUCUCUUUAAAGAGAGCCUGCCAUUCCAUCCAAUGGAGCAACAGAGGUGGACUAGCUUUUAAAGAGGUAACUAGUGUUUUAUAAAGCAUUUCUUUUCAAGUUCUCCUUUGUGUAGAGUAGCUGCCUGUACAGCACAUUCUUUAUAGAGGAGCCAGGUUCUAGUAGGUGGGCUUUCCUUAGGCAUAGGCUUUCCUUCAGGAACAGUCAGGUCCCAAAGUAUCUUUGGAAAUUAAAGGGGAUUCAAUUAUAAGUGAAUUCGGAUAGUUACUGACAUCUUUGUAGUAACCUUUUUAAAAGUAAGAUUACCAAAACCUAUGUUGUCCUUUUUUUGUCUCUUUAAGUAUUUAUCUUAGCAGACCAGCAGUCCCUCUGGCAAAAUACUUGGUGCCCCUUGGGGACUGCUAGGUCAGUGUCACAUAAGCACCUGUAGCAGUGAAGAAAGUCAAGAUGUAUCAUAAUGGGAAUUGUUUGCCUGUUGAUUUAAAGCUUAUUAAAAUCAUGUCUUUUGUCUCUUCAUCUUUUCCAUGCUUUUCUCCUAACUUUUCCCUCCAGCCCUUCCUCGCUACAAUUUGCUGCUUACUGCUGGUGGUGAUGUUAAUAUUUGUGAGUUGAGUUCUCUCAUCAGGACAACCACUUCUUGAACUGUGAUGAUGAAGAUAGUCUCGUGUCUGUUCUUUAUUCCUUUCAGUGAAGUUACCUUUGUGUCAAAUGCAGCUUUAUUAAGCCCUUAAAAUAUCACUUCCUCAUAUGUGAGAUGACACAAUCACUAAUAUUCUGGUAAUUUAAACAAUUGAGAUAGUAAAAGUGUUAAGCAAACUAGGAUAAUUUUUCCAUAUUUGCCAAAAUCCCUGUAAACCUUAUGUUAUCAAAUAAGUAUAUGAUAUAUUGUUAAUUUAUUUUGAUUUUCUGUACCAUUUCAAACCACGUUACAGAAAGGGGGAACCAAGACUGUUUUCGUCAGGGCAUUGGAUUUAGGAGUUUGUAAAACAUUUUAUAUGACACAUAAGCCAGCAUGCCCAGGAUAUCUUUAUUUCCUUCCUAGAUUUGUUACUGGGUCAGCAGCUGGGGAAAAAGAACUUGAGAGCCCUCUGCUGGCUGUAGACCAAAGUAGCAUAAACAGGAUCUGGUUCUGGAUAGUGGCUGGCAGCCAUUGUGUACGACAUUAAAACCAACAGAAGGUACAGUAUGAAAGUCUAAGUGACUUUCCUGAUAACAGCUCUGACUUAGGAGAGAGUCAUAGGGUUUCGUCUGGUCCUUCAAAAUAACACAGUUGCCUUGAUUCUCCCCGGAAAUUUACUUAGUUAAGUAAAUAGCUCAUUUUAGUGUCUGGUUCGGUUUGGAUAGUGGCACUUUCUAUCAUAUUGUUGUGUGCAAUGAUCAGAAGUUUGUUCUGCUGGCCGAAGCCUCUUUCAGCAGUGCCUUGCCAUCACACUUAAAAGUUUGGCUACAAUAUCUUGCUGGGUAGGGCCUUGAACUCUGGCAAGGAUCAGACCAUCUAACUUCCAAAUUUGCCUUCCCCUCUGGACCUCACAUUAACAAGCAAACCUUUCACGGCCUAUCAGCUCUCAAGAGCUAUGGGCUUUCCCAGAUUUUAAAGCUGCUGCCUCGGAAGCACUUAUUUCCCUCCUGGUCAGCAGGCAGAAAUAGCCAUACUAAUCUUACAGGGCUCAAAUGCAUCUCCAGGCAGCAAGGAACCGAGCAGCGUGGCAGAGGCCUCCUUCACGGGGGGAAGGACUUGUUCAUGGUGGGCAGUGUCCCAGGAGAGGUCACACUGAUGGUCACUUAUUGGCACAUUUCAGUUCCAUUUUCCUCUUGUUUAAAACUGCCUCCUUCGACGUGGAUGCCUUAAUGCUCUCACACAUUUGAAAACCUUGGCAAUACUUAAGUUGCUGCCGUGGUUACAGGUGGGGUUGUCGCUACCAGAGAGAUGCAAUUGAUGAUGGAAAGCAUGGCCCUUCCUUCCUCAUAACCAAAGUUAACCUGAAUCGCAGUUUCACUCCCUUUCCUCGGUAGGGACAGACUUUCUUCAGAUCUCAAGUGCUCUCUUAAAUGGCAAAUUAAGUUGAAAAACACUCCUGAUGCAUUCCCAUCACUUGUUCGCCAGUGAAUUUGCUUGUCAGUCCCCAUAUCCCCAAAGCAGCGAUGUUCCAGGUCUGAUGGCUUUCCUGUGCAUGCUAUUUUGCCAGAUUUCAUUUUUUAGGCAAAGGUUCUGCACUGGAGUGUAGAGAAUGGAAACAGGACCACCUACAGAGGCUAUGCUGUUCUCUCUCCCCUCAUCACCUUUUUAUUUCCCUAUUCAAGACAGCCAAGUCUGUUCCUGUAUUUGGAAUCAUUAGAAAAAUGACAGAGGUGGCUGUUUUGAGUGGUCAGUUCUUUGUAGAAAGGAGAAAAUGUAAUUGUGUUUUUUACCGGCCUAUUUCUAAGUGUCAUUGCCUGGUUUUUCUCUUUUCCAAGGAUUAGAACUCGGAGGACAUGCCAGCCUCUCAGACACAUGGUAGCUAGGUACUGAACGUGGGAACUGUAUGUAUGUCAACAGCACAAGCCCCCAAAGAACGUUCCUGUCUAUGGGGCCCCCUUGGGAGACUGAGAAUAAUGACCGGAUUCAUCCAAAACUGCUGUAGGGCAAGGCGAGAACUCUCUGUAGGCGUUCCACAGGGGUACCUUCCUUACAUUACAAAACUUCUGCUCGAUACACAAUGGUCCACAUAACCCCAAGAGCACUGUUGGAGAUGCUAUGAAAUUAAAACCAGUGAUGUAGCUCCUUUGUACCUGAGACAUCUAGAUUCACCUGAGGAGACCUGAGGGAAAUGUAUGACUUGCGUAAAAGGGCUAGACAGCCAUUAGGAAUUUUCUAGAUAUGCCCAGCCUAACACGGGGAAGUUGGCUUUGAUCUGUUUUCUCAUAGCAUCUUCUACCAAGUUGGAAGUCUCGUGGGACAACAACUGCAGUUCCCCUGGUUCAGUAGCCUGAACGGUGAUUUUAAAUGUCCCCUUUUCUGGAUCCUUUGUAAACAUGAAAUCAUUCCAUGGAUGGCUGCCUUAUAAUUUUGUCUCUUUCCACUUUAAUUGUGAAUGGUUUAAAAAAAUGUUUUUGCUGUUUUCUGGUUUAUUUUAUGAUAUUAAAUUUUUAUUAGUGCAUACCUUA